CAGGGCCAGGCUCCCUACAGGCCUGGCCUGGCCUAUCUUAUUUAAAGGAGAGGAAAUAUGGAGCUUAGGCUCACUACGCUACUCCAAUGCUUGUAAGCGGGCUUAGAGUUAUGUUAAAUUCAUUGACGACCGCUAUCAGAUGAUAAUGAUAAUGAAAAAAGAAAGAAAUAUACAUCCCAACCCUGGUUUCGAAUCCAGGAUCUUGUGAUCCGAAACCCUAAAGGAUAACCACUGGACCAAUGGAGCAGUCAGUUGUGGGCAUAACGAGUAAAAAAUAAAUUAAAAUUUUCAAAAUUUCAAGUACAUAGGGUUAGUUAACAAACACUUUUUAUAUCAAGAUUGACUAUUUCAGAAGGCAGGUGGAAAGAGUAUUUUCACAUCUUAUUAUAAUAACCUAGUUUUUGACUACCGCCUCAACCUUUGUAACUUUCUUGACCUUUCUUCUGUGCCGUAUGUAGCUAAUUACGGAUAAGUUAAUGAGGUUAGAAUCUUAUGUCAAGCCUACAAACAAAGUGUCUAAGCUUAGUAGCAGCCUGGAGUUAGGAAGUUGACCCUAUUAUUUGUAUUCACGUGUUGUCACUGUCAUCUUAACUUCUAACUAAAUCUAUCAAGAAACAAACUGGAUGCUGCUCUGACAAAUGACCAACAACUGGUACAAUACAGAAAUGAGUACCUGCCUACAUGAGUGUUACGUGUACAAUGUAACACAAUAUGUGUAUAUUUUUUCAUCAUUUGCAACAUCUACUAUCUUACUUCUACGCGUAUUAUAAUGUAAACUUAUCAUCUACGGAGUAGAUUAACCACAUAUAAUAUAUUCUCUUUGACACUCUAAAAAUUCAUACUUUUGACUUGGAGCCCUUUCUUUUCUUUUGUCUAACAUAUUUUCUAAUAGUCUACAAUUAUUAAAAUCAUUAGCUUUUCUAACCACUUAUAACACCAAAAUUGCUAUUUCUUUUUUUUCUUCAACUUACCAUGACUUUCCUGGUAGGAUCUCUUUUAGGAGUAUCAGCAAAAUUGCGUAGACGUUGCUUUAGUGUAGAGGGAGAGAGAGGACCGCUGGUAAGAGCUACCGAGUUCCUCACCGCACAACUAGCCGGCAAUAGUUUCAAUAAACGGAGCACUGACAUAUUUUGAUGGUAAAUGUGAACACAGGAAUUUUGGAAUCUAUGUUUUGUGUAAAUUAGGCAUGGUUACGAAUUUUGGUUGAUUGUUUCUAUUAGAAAUUUUGAAAUAUAUAAAAUACAAUUCAGGGCAUGGUGACGGCUGUGACAAAUAAGCUAUUUUUUCCUAUUUUGAAACAUGUCAAGAACGUGAAACAGGCUAUUAAAACCGUGAAGGUUUUAUAUUUUCAUAAUUUUUGGUAAUCGUAAACUUGCAGAAAUCAUAAAGAUUUCUACAAGUUUUUCUUCGAAUUUUCUGUCAUUUUGAUGUCAAUUUCAAUAACAUUACAAAAAAUAACCAACAAAAACCAAUUAAAUUUCAGUUUUUAAAUAAAAUGAAGAUGAAAUAGCCUUUGAAGCCCUGAGCAAUGAAUCGACUUUGGAAUUUAAAGAAUGGUUUCUUGCUACCAGGACGAUCCUUUCAACCCUGCAUAAAUUCACAAGCCAAGCGUUUUAGAAAGAAACAAACACCGUGUGACAUUCAUUACUACCCUAUAAACAAGAAACCGUGCUUCAAUUUACAAGAUGUGACCAUCGAACGAGGGAACCAGUGCCAUGCAAAGCUCAUCAGGUCAUUCCUCUUCACACACUACUGGCCGCGGGAGCCCAGUGUGGUGGGGCUGUGGAUGUGUCUCAACAGCCCCUACCUGGAGACACUCACUGACAAAUAUUCCAAUACAGGUGAUCGUCUAUUAGCUUUUGAAUUCCUUCAUCGUACGAAAGAGAAGAAGCUAAUUGGCGUGAGUGUGGCGAACAAGACGUUUCCGUGGAUGGUCGACGAGUACGAGGACUGGGCGCACUACACCGUCUGCAACGCGGAGCGAUAUCGCAUGUACUUUAUGGCGCAUUGUUUGAAGAGUCCCAGUUUAUUCAACAAAUAUAAUGUCAAUUUUUUGUACGAUAUAGAGGUUCUGGGAACAGCUUCCGAAGUGGCAGGUCAGGGCGUUGCUACUCUACUUCUGAAGGCAGCGCUAGAGCACGCAGAGGAAUCCCGAUUCCCAUUAGCGCAUGUCAUCUCUGUUAGUCAUUACAUGUCAAAAAUCUGUGAAAAAUGUGGCAUGAAGCGUGAGUGGUCCAUGGAAUAUUCAGAUUUCAUAGAUGAAGCUGGUCAAAGGGUUUUCUUCCCGCGAAGACCUCACCUCAAUGUCAACGUGUACACCAAGCACUUCAACCCAGCGGCAGGGGGAAGGUUGCCUUGCAGUCCUCUACCAGUUUAACGUCAAUUUAUUUAGAACUCUGUACGUAAUUCACCCGUAACAUUAAUAUGCAGACAAAUCAUAAUAGACAAAAGUAAAAAAAUUAACAUUUUGAAGAUUAUUUUAGUUUAAUAAGAAAAACACAAAAAAAUAUUUUGAGAAUAAUAAAUGAAUUAAAGAAGUAUUAUUGUUGUACCUUUUAUAUCUAAGCCAAUAAAUAUAUAAUAAUUUUG